AACAACGAACGUAUUUUGUUAUUUACAACCUUUUCCAUAUACUUAUUAAAACUGAGUUCAAUUAACUCGAACCCACGCGGACGAAAAUAUUGACAGUUACAGCCAUUUAUUUACAUCUCAAGUCGCUUUGCAGUAAAGAGCGCUGGCUUUAACAGUGCUGCUCAAGUGUAAGGUCAAGAAUAGCGCAUAGCGGUAACGUUAUAAUAUAUUUCACAACAGCGACAGGAAAGAAAAACCCGUAAAUCAAAACAUUCAGAGAAGAUCGCUGUGGGCCAGUAUCAAGAGAACCAUGGAUGCUUCGGCACGCAAGAAGCGUUAUCAGGAGCUGAUAGAUCAAGGACACGAUCUCGCACUGAGAACGCAAAUCGACAAUGCUGUCGACAUUUUCCAAGGCGUUUCGUCCAUCCUCAUGCAAACAAACAAAGUCAUGAUGCAUGGAAUAAAAUCUGACACUGUGGAAAAUGCAACGGAAGUUUGCAUCAACGUACAGAUUGUGAAAAUGAGCCAUGAUCUGGUAGGAGCAGCGCUGCAAAGGAGUGAAAACUCUCAAUUCUGCGACGAGGAACUGACAACCGCGAUCAUGACAUUGGUUGGGAAUGCGGAAGGCCAGAAAGGAUGGGAUGCGUUCGGCAAAGCUGGAAUAACUGCUUUUCGUAUGUCGAAACACUCGCCAUGCCUUUACGGAACUUUUGAACACCUUCCUCCCGCACCGGUGGAAAAACCAGUGAAAGAGCGCCGUCGAAGACAACGACAAGAACUAGGUGAAGUUCGUAAACCGGAAAUAGUAAAAAGAUUAAAUCAAGAGGAAGCCGAUGCACGCAAAUUGCAAGACGUUAUGGAGCAAUUGAAAUCGAUCUGUCAAGAAAGAGGUACAUCGGUCCCAUAUUUUGAACUUAUUACGGAUCCUACGGAUUAUAUGAGCACAGUUGACACUGCAUUUCGAAUGUCUUUUCUCAUCCGCGAUGGAGCCGUUGUGCUGGAAAUGGUGAACGGUAUCCUGUGCGCCCGACCUACCAGCGAAGGAGAAAAACGUAGUUCGAACGACGAUAAUGUUCAGGCCAUAUUGUCUUUUAACUGCGCUCAGUGGAAGGACUCUAUCAAACGAUUCCGUUUGCAAAGACCACUUUUAUCUGUCGACCGAGAAAUUGCGGAAAGAAGUCAACAAUAGCAUAUCUGGCAUAACAUACAUAAAAAAAACACGGAAACUGAAAUACAACCAUACAAAUUUUCAUAUUUUGAACCAAAUAAAAGCAUGUUU